AUGGCUGAUCAGGACUUCCAUUAUGGCUUCCCCGAUGAUGCCUCCGACGACGAUCAGCCCAUCAUCUCGACCAGCGGCCUCGAGGCCUUUGGUCGCAAGGUGACGACGACGGCGACGCACCUCAUGGGGCCCAACGCAGAGGCGACGGCUCACCACUACAAGACGGCCAUGGCGGAGGUGCACAAGCAGCUCAAGCGGCCGUCGAUACAGCGCAGCGUCUUCUCCUUGGCCAACGCGACCCCGACCGAGCUCGUCCGCGCGAGGUUGUCGACGACCGAGAUUCAGCACCGCGCCCUGUCCCGGCUGCCGGACGAGCUGCUGUCCAACAUUCCGGACAACGGAAACUCGUACUCGCUGUUCCAGGGCUUUCAAGCCAGCUUUCCCGAGCUCACCGACGAGGGCAAAAAACACCGUCACCGGGUGUCGAGGGGGAGAAAGUUGCUUGAGGAGGGUCCGGCGGGUGCUCCCGAGCACGGGCCCAAGCAUCUGCACAGGCUCAAGAAGGAAAGGGCCGCCAUGAUGCACGAGUUCCAGCUCCGCGGGAUUCGGAAAAGCAUGGCCAGCAGUGAGAUUCACGAGAUCGACAACAAGAUCGCCAACCUCCACGGCAUGCGAAGGCUCAUCCUCGAGAGGCUCGCCGGGCUCGAGCAGGAGGAGGCUUUGCUGGAACAUGACGUCGUCGAUGUCGAAGCACGGCUGGAGGACGCGCAGCUGCUCGUCGACGAGGCCGAAGCCAUGGCCGGCAGCACGCCGGACGAGGAGGAGGCGGAUCUUGCCGGCGAUGCCGACGACCACGGUCAUGACCGCGAGGCCGGCUUCAUGUCGCAGUCCGUGUACGAGAGGCUUCCCGGCUCGGCCGACAGCACGCCGAGGCGGGCGAAGAAGGUGCAUCGGCGGAAAUCGAUGCCCAUCCUCCACGAGCACUUCGAGGCCGGGUCCGGCAUCCGCGAGAUCCGAGCGCACGACGACGAAAUAGGGGCCGUCGACUUUGACGCGCCCUUUGGCGUCAUGGUGACGGCAUCGCGGGACGAUACGGUCAAGGUCUGGGAUCUCAACGCGGGACGGUGCAUGGGCCUGCUCGAGGGUCACGCGGCCUCGGUCCGCACCCUCCAGGUGGAGGAUAACAUCCUCGCGACGGGAUCCGCCGACGCAACCAUCAAGCUGUGGGAUCUGAGCAGGGCCCACUACGAUCCCCAGGGCCAGCAGGGCGGCAAGGAGGGUGAGGGCGAGGACGAGGACGCCAUGGCUUUCGAGAACGCCGAGGACCAGCCGGUCGACCCGCCCGAGGGCAGCAUGGACGACUGCGCACUCUUCACGCUGCAGGCUCACGUGGACGAGAUUACGGCCCUUCACUUUCGCGGCGAUGUCCUCGUGUCCGGCUCGGCGGACAAGACGCUCCGGCACUGGGAUCUCGACAAGGGGCGGUGCGUGCAGACGCUGGACGUCAUCUGGGCGACGGCGCAGGCCUCGGCGACGAGCGCCGUCGACGGCCCCUGGCGACCGACGGGGCGAUCGCAGACGGGCGUCGCCGACUUCGUCGGAGCCGUCCAGGUGUUCGAGUCGGCGCUCGCCUGCGGCACGGCCGACGGCAUGGUCCGGUUGUGGGAUCUCCGAAGCGGACAGGUUUCCCGCAGCCUCGUCGGCCACACGGGGGCCGUGACUUGCCUGCAGUUCAACGACGUUCACCUCGUCACCGGCAGCCUCGACAGGAGUAUCCGGAUAUGGGAUCUGCGAACGGGAUCCAUCUACGACGCGUACGCGUACGACAACCCGAUUACGAGCAUGAUGUUCGACGCGCGCAGGAUCGUCAGCGCCGCGGGCGAGAACGUGGCCAAGGUGUACGACAAGGUCGAGGGUCGGCAGUGGGACUGCGGCGCCGGUGUCGCGGCGGCCGAGGAGGGGGAUAGCCCAUCGAUUGUCGAGCGCGUUCGGGUCCGGGACGGGUACCUCGUCGAGGGCAGGCGGGACGGUAUCGUGGGCGUGUGGACGUGUUAG